CAGAGGUGUAAGAGCUGUGCGGUGGCAGCUUCAGGCAAGUCACCUGACUGCGGCAGGAAGGCAAACAGUGGGGGGAGAUGGAUCUGGCGUCGCGCCAGUGGUUCUAAACCAUUGCAUGGCGGGGAGCUUAGAAUCAGAAUCACCAGGGGAGUUUUCCCCCAAAUAUAUGUGGCUGCCGUCCCCGGAGCCCUGACGUGCUCAGGAGAGCGGGGUGGGUGGCAAGGCACGUGCACGUUUUGAAAAAUCUCCAAACGAUUUUUGUCCCUUCGUCUCCCAGAACCAGCGCUAUACACUCCCUGGAGACUCCAGAACUUCUAGAGUCCGCCGGGAGCACCCACAAGAGAACAGUCCCGAGGUCAGAAGCUGACGCUUCACUGUGGAUACCCCGCGGCGGCGGGGACGCACUCUGCACACCGCCAAAACGUCACCCCAGAGCCGACCUGGGCAGAGGCCAGGACCCGAUCGUGCUCGGCCCCGUCCAGAACUGGGGGCGGGCGAUAGGCGGCUCUCUCCAAUCACAGUUCCAGAAGGAGAAGGGCUGACAAGGUUUUCUCCAAUCAAAGCUUGCAACGAAAUUGAUGCUUCUUUCCGCCAAUCAUCGCCGAGUCGCGAAGGGGUUGUCGGGAUGGGGGCCGGAGCCAACAUGGAGCCCUCAAUGAGAUCGGGGUGAAACCGUCAUUGCCGGCUGCUCCUGUUCUCCCCGCAUCAUGUUGGUGCACUUAUUUCGGGUCGGGAUUCGGGGUGGCCCCGUCCCAGGCAGGCCGCUACUGCCCCUCCGUUUCCGGACAUUCUCGGCCGUCAGGUCCUCCGAUGGCCGCCCCAGCUCCUGCCUCCUCGGGGCCGUGGCCCAGCUGCGGUCCCAGCUCCGGGCCCGCCUCCCUCGAGCACCCCCAGCUCCCAGCCGGAGCCCCUCUGCCUGGCGCUGGGUUGGGGGAGUCCUCCUGGGCCCCGCGGUUCUGAGUAAGUGCCCCCGCCUUGGCCUUGUGGCACUGUGUGAGGCAGAAGAGGCCCCUCGUGCCCGCUCCAGACCCCGUGUCGUGGAGCCCCGCUUUAACUGGAAGCUCUUCUGGCAGUUUCUGCGCCCCCACCUGCUGGUCCUGGGGGCAGCCGUCGUGCUGGCACUGGGCGCGGCACUGGUGAAUGUGCAGAUCCCCCUGCUCCUGGGUCAGCUGGUGGAGAUCGUGGCCAAGUACACGAGGGACCACAUGGGCAGCUUCCUGACUGAGUCCCGGAACCUCAGCACCCGCCUGCUUGUCCUCUACGGCCUCCAGGGCCUGCUGACCUUCGGGUACCUGGUGCUGCUGUCCCGCAUCGGCGAGCGCAUGGCCGUGGACAUGCGAAGGGCCCUCUUCAGCAACCUGCUCCGACAAGACAUUGCUUUCUUCGAUGCUAAAAAGACAGGGCAGCUGGUGAGCCGACUGACAACGGACGUGCAGGAGUUUAAAUCAUCCUUCAAACUCGUCAUCUCCCAGGGGCUGCGAAGCUGCACGCAGGUGGCUGGCUGCCUGGUGUCCCUGUCCAUGCUCUCCACACGCCUCACGCUGCUGCUGAUGGUGGCCACGCCUGCCCUGAUGGGGGCUGGCACCCUCAUGGGCUCCGCGCUCAGGAAAUUGUCUCGCCAGUGUCAGGAGCAGGUCGCCAGGGCAACGGGUGUGGCUGAUGAGGCCCUGGGCAACGUUCGGACCGUGCGAGCCUUCGCCGCGGAGCAGCGGGAAGAAGAACGCUACAGAGCGGAGCUGGAAGGGUCCCGCUCUAAGGCAGAGGAGCUGGGCAGAGGCAUCGCCUUGUUCCAAGGGCUCUCCAACAUCGCCUUCAACUGCAUGGUCUUGGGCACCCUGUUUAUCGGGGGCUCCCUCGUGGCUGGGCAGCAGCUGACGGGGGGAGACCUCAUGUCCUUCCUGGUGGCCUCCCAGACCGUGCAGAGGUCCAUGGCCAACCUCUCUGUCCUGUUUGGUCAGGUGGUGCGGGGGCUCAGCGCGGGUGCCCGGGUCUUCGAGUACAUGACCCUGAGCCCAGGCAUCCCUCUGUCUGGGGGCUGCUGCAUCCCCAGGGGGCACCUGCACGGCUGCAUCACCUUUCACAACGUCUGCUUCAGUUAUCCCUGCCGCCCAGGCUUCCAGGUGCUUAGAGACUUCACCCUCACGCUGCCCCCAGGCAAGAUCGUGGCCCUGGUGGGCCAGUCCGGGGGAGGAAAGACCACCGUGGCUUCCCUGCUUGAGCGCUUCUACGACCCCACGGCGGGCGUGGUGACCCUGGAUGGGCGGGACCUGCGCACCCUCGACCCCUCCUGGCUCCGGGGUCAGGUCAUUGGCUUCAUCAGUCAGGAGCCAGUCCUGUUUGGAACAACGAUCAUGGAGAACAUCCGUUUCGGGAAGCUGGAUGCCUCCGACGAGGAGGUUUACGCAGCUGCCCGGGAAGCCAACGCACAUGAGUUCAUCACCAGCUUCCCCGAGGGCUACAACACCAUUGUGGGCGAGCGGGGCGCCACGCUGUCUGGUGGCCAGAAGCAGCGCCUGGCCAUCGCCCGAGCCCUCAUCAAGCAGCCCGCGGUGCUGAUCCUGGACGAGGCGACCAGCGCACUGGACUCGGAGUCGGAGAGGGUGGUGCAGGAGGCCCUGGACCGCGCCAGCGCCGGCCGCACCGUGCUGGUCAUCGCCCACCGGCUCAGCACCGUGCGUGGGGCCCACCAGAUCGUUGUCAUGGCCCACGGCCGAGUCUGCGAGGUGGGGACCCACGAGGAGCUCCUGAAGAAGGGUGGGCUCUACUCGGAGCUCAUCCGGAGACAAGCCCUGGAUGCCCCGCCGCCCGAGAUGCCCAGGGGCCCCAGGAACCGGCACCCCAAGCCCUGAGAGGUCUGGUCGCGGCCAGGCAUCUGUGCCCAGGGCGAGGGCUCAGCUCGGGGAGCUGCUGGGACCGAGCCCCCAGGAGCAGCAGCGUGCUGGGGUGGGGACUGCUGCCGUCACCCCCCUGCUCACAGUAAAACCCAGGCCAGGCGCUGGGCCGGGCGGAGGUGGGACCACUGCUCCUCCUGCCAGCAGGCUGCCCCCCUGCUGCCGGAGCUGAGAGCCCUUGGGCUGCACUGGGGAGGAGGUGGGGUCCCCGGGCCCCUGCUCUGUCCCUUCGCUCUGCCCAGCCCUCCCCAGCCCCUCUCCCGGCCCUGCCCAGUCUCCCUUCUGCCUGACAGGCUAAAGAGUCCAGGCUGCAGCUGCAGGGAACCUUCACAGGUCGGCAUCGAGGUGGGAGUGGGGACUCACACCCGUGCCAGGCCUCACUCACUCUCCUCCGCUGACUCCCGACACGCCUCUUAGGGCCCUGGGAGAAGGCGCCCACCCCCUGAGCCAAUCCUUCAAACCCUCAGCCCCAUCCUGGGAACAACUUCCCUUCCCUCCCCUGCUCCAUUACACUGUCCUUUCUCUAGGUUUUGCCCUCCCUGCAUCUAAGUGGCACAGGUGCCUAACAGGCCCCUUGGCCCUUGUGGAGGGGAGGAGGGGCGGGCAGCCGUGGUCUGUUGCACAAGAGGUUUCCAGGAGCCAGGCUGUCUCACCACUGCCCCAGCCCCGUGCGCCUCAUGUCUGUCACCUGGUGAGCUUGUGGACCACCCCUUCUAUGUGAGGAUGCCUACCUCUGAAAGGGACAGAAGAGGGGACACACCCCAAACUCCAGCCAUGGGGAACAGUCGUUGCCAACAGUCACCAAACCACUAAGGAGCAGUUGACGCUAAGCUCCUCGGGCUGACAAAAUACAAAAUCAGUCCAAGGAGCCGUCCCUGGCAGACCAGCCUCCCUGGAGUGGUCAGAGAGGCUCCCUGGAGCAGGUGGGACCAGAGCCUCACCUUGAAAGAGGACAGGCCAGCUGCGCAGGUGGCACGAGCCUGUGACCCCCAAGCUGUGAAUGGGGUGGGGCUGGACUCUUGUCCACUUCUGGGGACCUAGGAGCAGCCAGGGUUUCCCCCCAGCCCUGGUCAGGUCCCAGAACCGGGCACCCCUCCUGCCUUGGUUCUGCUCAUGUCACUUCCCACCAGGAAACCUUUCCCCUUCACAGCCACAUCCAAGCAUGAGGAAGAGAGGUUGCCUCUGCUGGGCCUUCAAGGCCAGCCAGACCUUUUGGAUUUAUCCUGUGGCAUAGAAGGGCGAUGCCAUGUUUUGGGGGUGGCAGUGGGUACAGGGGCAGCUGCGGCUGGAGGCCAGCCUGGGGGAGGCUCAGUGGUUCAGGUGUGAGUGCAGGAGCCAGGGUGGGAGUCCCCACAGCCUCUUCUGGGUGUGGUUUAGGACCAGAUGCUACUUUAGGGAAGUAUCCCUAAAUAUCCCAGGACCAAAGCCACCCUGGUUUGAUACCGAUGAGAGGUCGUAUCCCCGGGGCAGGCUCAGCCCGGGAAGCGCAGCACGGGCUGGCUCUGGGUUGCUUUGCCACUAAAUGCCCCCCUAGCAAGGGCGGCCAAGGGCAGGCCUCAACUCCCUGGCCAAGCCCACACUGGCCUGCCGGGCCCCUCCCAGCAGAGGCCGGCUCCUGCUCUACUAGCACCAGCCGCGGCCUCUAGCCGCCCGGGCGUCUCCUGACACCAGAUCCUAGGUCUCUCCUUACCUCUGCAGGGCGGCCUCUCCACGUCCUGCCCCCCGCCCCCAACCCCUCUUUAGGGAAGUAGUGUGAUCCAUGGCGAGCCCCGAGCUGGAAGGCCCUGCGGUCAGCCGCAUACUUGCUAUGUAGCCUUAACCUCGACCUUGGCUCCCGCAGCUCUUCCACACGGAUCGUAAACCCAGCCAUACUUAAUUUUGAGAGCUCGUUUUAAGCGUUUCAUUAGAAUAAUCUGUGGUAAAGUCCUUAAAACAAUGCUGCAGACUCAGAGCUGGUUACAUCUGUGCAAUAAACCAUGUCAUUCACUCCUUCAAGAUGUGUGUUCAUU